UACUGACGGUCGUCCAACAGCGACCUAUCAUAAGUUAUGCGCAUAUCUCUGUCUCGGAUGUUGUUGUGAUGAGGCGAGUACCCAUCAGAGGCGAAGCUAGUGAGCUUGCAUGCAUGUAUCCUGUAGUCCAACAUCCAUAGUCUCAUGUACCUAGUCUUCAAAUCAAGAGUAUACGACUGGCAACCUUUUGAGUAAGUGAUGAGCUCUGAUUGCAGUAGCAUGCAUGAACUUGGGACCGAAAUCGAAAGUAACCAUACUACUGAAGAAGUCCGCAGCGGACCGACCCGGGUAGUAUAUCGCUCUUGGUCACAUUGAAAUAUCACUGCCCCCGAACGGAUCCAAUCACUUCGAAAACUCAUUGCUCAAAACUUCUCACAAUGCCUCAACAUUGGAUGUCGUUCGCGUCGGUGUCUGAACAGCUCAAACGCAUACUGCGACGCACCAAAGAUCACCCCAAUGAAGGUGAAGAUUUCCACGACGUCGUCCCUAGACCUGGUGGAAAAAUGUCAGCCCAAACAGCUCCCCACCUUCCAGAUCCCUUUAAGGACCGUCUUACAAGACUUCCGAAUGAGUUAUUGUUCCAAAUAACAAGCUAUUUGUCGGAGUCGGAUAAGGGUAGCGUUGCGAGGACAUGUGUACAGCUCUUUCGUCUUCUUCAUACCGACAAGUUUAAAAAUGAUAGGACAAAGUGUAUCAGAGGACGAGGCGCAAGAAUAUAUCGCCAAUUGUUCUCAUGCGAGCGGUGUAGAGCACAUGACCAGGCAACAGGGCCUCGCAGCUACAGACUUCGCUCAAGUCUCUGGUGUAGCGGAUGCGGCGUGCAUCACUGGUGGCACUACUUUUCGGACGAACAGCGAGAGAUGGAGGACAAGAAACGCACUUGUAUAGGGCGUCGUGGUAGCAUCCGAGUAUGUCCGCACCGCGACUUAUCGUAUAACGACCUGAAGGACAUUCGUCGUCAAAAUGAUAUUUCAACGCCAUCUGCCGGGCUGGUACUGUGCGAGGCCCCGGAUCACAGGCACGGGAAACAGCCUACGCUGUUCUUCGAGGAGGACGGAUACGCUUCCAUCAUCAACGUGGACCGGGUGGCGACACUAGAAUCCGACACCCGGGCGGCGAGAUCGUCGUUCAAAGACACUCUGCUAGAUACCCUGUUGGAAGCAUGCGUAGCGGCUCCUAUUUGCCCCCAUAUCGGGGCGUUGAAGCUAUGGCUUACAUUCAAGGACACCUUUGAGAAGUCCUGGAACCAGACGCCGAACGCAUGUGCAUCGGGCUUCGAACGCGAUCAGCUUUGGCCACGUGCUUGUAUGGGUGAUACCGAGAUCGAAGACAUCUUUUGUCGGCCGGGCAGACGGGUGGCCCCGGACGAGUGCUACAUUUGUUGGACCAGUUUUGACUUUUGGAAGCAUCGGUGCCGUGGCAUACCCGAGCUUGUGCUCUAUCGGAGACGCGUCUUCCCCAUCGCGCGGCCGGCGCACUCGCUCUGGCUGCGGAAUCUCCGGGAGGAGGAGUUGAAGCUUGAUCUGCCUCAGAGCUUAAAGCAUAACACGUUCUGCAAUGUUCCAGGUUGCAAUAGGGGUUUUGUUGGGGAGUUGAAGUGGCAUCACUUCCCUUCUGAAGAUUACUAUUGGAGGCCUGACAGUCCUGCUGACGAGGUUACUGUCGAUCAGCCGUCGAGUCAUAGUGCUGCCUGUUUUGAAAUAUGCCAUCGUUUUGAUAGAGGCCGCUGGAGAGUUGGUACUGGCUCCUGGGUUUCGAGAUUCUGGAGCAGAGCGCCAGGAGAACCCUUAUCCUCGACAUCAGAUAUGGAAUCAAAGAUACGCGGCUCUUACUAGCAUGGUGUUAUACAUGCAGUAAAGUCCAUGUUUUCGAUCACUCUACUGGACUUCCCCAUCCAUGACGGCCCGAUCCUGUAGUCUUAGUAGAGCUGCAGUCCAAAGGCGACCGCCCCUUACCGCUUUCGGUCACUUGGCGCCCGGACUCAGACACUUGGAAAGUCCAG